GGCAGUUGUUUUCGAUUACAGUAUUUUUCCUCUUUGUGGGAGAAGGGUGAGAUAAAUUGCCAAAGCUCAGCCGAGAGCGCCUCAUUCCCACAGCUGCAGUCAUGGAUCUCAGAGGUGCCUGUCUUCUGCUCGGACUUCUGCUUCUCUCCCAGCUCUCAUCCCAACAGGUGUUGUCAAAGAAGAAGCUGGUGAGGAAAGACACGCAGAAGGAUGGAGCUAUUGAAGAACUCAGAAAGCAAAUCGAUGACAUUCUGAAUGAGGUGAAUCUUCUGAAGGAGCAGCAGGCUUUGCAAACAGUUUGUUUGAAGGGAACCAAGAUUCAGGGGAAGUGCUACUUGGCCGACCCCAUGAAGAAGGGUUACCACGCGGCCAGCGAGGACUGCAUCGCCAAGGGUGGCACCAUCAGCACCCCUCUCUCCCUCGAUCAGAACGACAAGUUGUACGACUACAUGCGCGAGGCCAUCGGGCCCGACGACGAGAUCUGGCUGGGCAUCAACGACAUGCUGACCGAGGGAGUCUGGGUGGACCAGACCGGGUCCACGCUGCGCUACAAGAACUGGGACCCGUCCUUUAAGGGCGACCGCACCAUGAAUUGUGCCGUGCUCGCUGGGUCAAUGGGUGGCAAGUGGCUGGACGAGAACUGCCGCGAAGAGAGAGCGUCUGUGUGCGAGUUCAACAUCGUCUAAUGGUGUUGGAAGUCGUCUUCUAACACCAUUUUAUCGAGGCUUGAGACGCACACACACACCUUGCUUUUUCUUGCCUCUUUGUCCUUUCAAAUGCUACUUUAUUGCACCUUGCUUUCAUGACGAUAUAAUUAUACAUUCUUCACUUUGGUAUUUCAAAAUGACACAGUGGCCUUUCAAUGUGGAGAUUUCACAUUUUGUUCUCCACAUAUAAUUAGAUAAGAAUGGACUCCAAAAAGGCAAACUUGCACUGAACUGUCCUUGUGGUGUAAAACAAAAAAGUGAUAGGCCUAAAUUUGACUGAACUAACCAACAUUGUUUUGAACAUAGAUGCGAAAUGUAGGGCGGUGGUAGCGUAGUGGUUAAGGAGCUGGGUUAGCAUGCAGUUUGAAAGGUUGUGGGUUCAAUUCCUGGCUUCCACCAUUGUGCCCUUGAACAAGGCACUUAACCCCGAGUUGCUAUGGGGACAUUAGUCCAUGUAAGAUAAUUGACAAAUGGAAGUUGCGUUGGAUGAAAACAUCUGUUAAGUGUAAAAUGUCAGUGCAUCAGUUCAGUCAAAUCAUGAAGUCAUGGCAAGUGCUUCCUUUUUCUCUACAGCUCAGUCUGAAUUUAACGAUGCUUAUUUCAGAAUGCUAGUCUUCUCCUAUUUUUUUUUUUUUUUUAACAAAGUCUUGUCUAGCCUGAACUAAACUGAAUAUGUACAUUUUGCACUGUUGAAGAUACAACUUUAAUGAAUAAACAUUUGCUGGGCAAAUCA